GAGUGCGCCGUCACAGGUCUAAUUACGGGACCAAAUAAAAGUAUUGUCCAAGUUUUUCAUGUCGUUGUAUCGCUUGUUGUCUUCAAUUUUAUUAAGGCCAUGAAUUCAGGCCAAGUUCAGUUUGUUGGCUCUCCCUGUGGUUAUCAUGGACCCUACACGUUUUACAAGGCCUUUCAAUAUGUGGACGAUGGAAAAAUUAAGGUUUUGUCGAUUGGAGAAUUUUUCUUUUUGAAAAUAUUGGAAGACAUUCCUGUUUGCAUCGGCGAAAUUCAACUGCUUUGGGAGGAGAAGGGCACAAACCAACUGUUGGCAAGCGUCAGGUUGUACUUUCAGCCGCAAGAUACUCCAGAGGGAGAAGAUGAUAUCUUUGGAGAGGAUGAGCUGCUGGCUGUGUCUGAGAAACUGAUUCUUACCGUUCCUGACCUGUGCCAGCUUCUUAUCUAUGGUGUCUCCUGGCCAUAUGGCCAUGAACUUCACUGUCUUCAAGACCUCAAGGACAGCGAUGAGACCAUGAUUAAAACUGGUGGUAUCGCUGAUGACAUAGGCCAAGCCUUUGUGCCAAGUAACAGAGGACUUUACCUUGAGGAUGUGGAAAAAGCAAGACAGGAAACAGAUUUUGACACAAGAGAUCCACGUGCUCCUGUCAUUGUUAUGAGUUAUCCACAAUACUGUCGUUACCGUGCUGUUCUAAAGCGGCUCGAGACAGUGACAGACAAAUGGUUGAAAAAUGCUUUGGUCAUGGCUGUUGGAGGCUUCGCAUGCCAGAAACGAGGGGUGCGUGUUAUGUUUUGCCGAGAAGUCUGUGAUUAUCCAGAACUAGAUGAUUUGGAUUUCCGAAUGGACCACCUUGCACCUAACCUUAAGGGGCGCCCAAGAAAACGAAGACUGCUGUCUAGGAAAGACUCUAACCAAGAUUCAGACAGCAAUGACUAUGGUUCUGAUCAUAGCUCCACUACAUCCAGUGCCAGUGCCACACCAAGGGUCAAAUCUCAAAAACUAUUUAACAGAAAUGGACUGAUAGCAACCAAACAUGAUGUGAGCCAAGAAGAGAGGGAAUUUCUCACCAACAUUUAUAAAUUUAUGGACAAGCGUAACUCGCCCAUCGAUCGCUUGCCUUCUCUUGGCUUUAAGCAGAUUGAUCUGUAUUUAUUUUACAAGGCAGCACAGCAACUUGGAGGAUACGAAAAGAUAACCAACAAAAAGCUUUGGAAAGUGCUAUAUGACAACCUUGGUGGUAAUCCUGGCAAUACUAGUGCUGCAACCUGUACCCGUCGACAUUAUGAAAAGUUAAUUCUUCCAUAUGAAAAACAUGUUCGUAGGAUGCGAGCUUGCCAGCAACAGAAGACACAGACAUUAAGUGACCCAAACGUACUUCCAUCACCUGCAGAGAAGGAGAGUAGACUUAAGAUUCAUACUGACAAACAGGCUAGUGCUUCCACUGGAUCAAAUAUGGAUGACAAGAAAGUACACAAAUUUUGUUCAACUGGUGUUGGCAGCUUUAAAUUUUAUGGUAAAGAAGUUGAUAAAAAUAUGGAGAAAGUGGAGUUGGAGUCUGCGGCACCAACCCUCAGCAACCAGCUGUCAAAGACACUUAGCAACAAAGUGAUGGAAACAAAUCUUCAGGUGUCUUCUUCGGAUGGUAUUCGUGGACAUGUGGACAUGCAUAGAAAAGCAUGCAGUGUUGAGGACAUGUAUGAGAUGACAAACAAGUCAUUUCUAGUGCAGCAGCAGACGCCAUUGGAAGUUCCUGUUGUACGACAUCGCAUCCAGACCAGUAUAAUGUCACCCAUAAUGCACCGUAAGGUGAUAACACAAAACCACUCACAACAUAACAACCCCUCUAUUCGUCAUACAGUUAACAGUUUCUCAGAUCAUUCACUGGAAACAAAUUCUUCUCAGACAGUUCAGUCAGUCCUGCGAGCCCCAGAAUAUCCAUCACAUCUCUCAUCCUUAUCCAUUUCCUCAGCUUCCUCACUGCCUCAUAGUCACUCCAGAGCAAGUAGCCAUCUUGAGCAUCAACAAAGCAGCCGACAGUGUGAACAUCAUCAGCACAGUCAGCCCCAACGCCACCAUCAUCAUAUCGGGCAUGAUGCUGGUAACACAUCUCUCCAUCAACAUGUGCAGCAGUUGAAAAUUAAACCUGCACAUUGCUCCGACGUCUCAUCUAAGUCUCAUAUGCUCAUGGUUCACUCAACACAAAUACCAGCAUCAUGCACUGCACCCUUUUCCUCAUCGCACCCUGGUUCUACAACAUUUAAUCCACCUCCUGACCUAUACUAUGGGUCUGCGCUUUCCUCAUCCAUAUUGCCUACUCCCCAACCUGCACAUAGCAAUAUCCUCUUACAGCCUUUCUGCCACACUGAGUCCAGCAUGAUGUUUCCACCCCCAGACCAAGUUCUUAGUCGUAUUCAGGUUCUCCAUCAACCCAACUACACACUUGACGCUCAUCACUUUGAGUCCUCGGUUCUCUUGGAGCCAGACAACUCUGACUGCAGUGGUAGCAGAAACGAGAACAUGGCUAUGGACUUGAGCAACAUGCAUGCCAGGCAUUUUCCUUCCAGAGGUCGUGUGAGUGCAAGCAGCAGGGCAGCUGAACGUAAACCUCGAGCUCCCAUGCACUAUAUCGGCACUAGCAGUACAAACAGCAGCGCUUUCACAAGUUUAUCUAAGUCGUCUGUGACCAGUCAGGGUAGAGGUCAAGAGAUGUCUGAUGGCAAACAGCAGCAGCAACAACAACAACAGCAACAGGAGGUGCUGCACUCUGCUCUCUUUGGUACACAGUUCACUGCUCUACCUCGGCCUGUCAAACCAGCAGCAGUGACAGCUGGAGAGAUUGCCCAUGGUUUGGUGCCUACAGUCCACCCUGCCUUCAUGCAAGCAAUUUUGUCUUCCCCGUCGUCACUCAGUAUCUAUGCUCCACAGCUCAGUGCCAUGCAGCAAGCUGCAUAUGAGGAACUAGUCCGUCAGAAGACCAUGUCCAAUAUGGUUUCUGGGCAUUCACCGUAUGUCGUGGCACCAUUUUCUACCAACUUACCUCAGUCCACUGAAGAGGUUCCAAAAUAGGGUUGAUAGACUGAACAGGGCUGUCUUAAAUGAGAGGAUUCUUUCUGUAUGCCCUACGUACACAAUAUUUGUAGUGUCCACAUAUUAUUAUCUUCGUGGUCUAGGUACAGACUGAUUUUGUAACAAUUUUUGCUUGAAGGCCAUUUUCUGCAACACCCUAAGCAAUGAUGAUACUGUAAUUACAGAGCUGUCUCUCAACAUUUUGGCUGUUAAAGAUUAAAAAUUCCAGACUUUCCAGCAUAUCAGUUUGUUUCCCAUUUGCCUCUCAUCGUAUACAGAUGUCAGGGUUAUCUUUUUCUUGUCCUCUUUCAUCUUGUCUGCAAGUCAUGUUAACAAGUGUUUGUCCUCAGUCCAUGUACAGGCUACUGUAAAGGGCAGUCUGGUGGCGCAAUGAUUAGCACCUAUCACAAAUACAAUGAAGGUUGGCUACCCUAGGUUCAGCUUUCGUCUUGGGCACGCUGCUCUUUCUCUUUAUGUGACAUCUGUUUACAGGGCUGGCUGUCUAACUUUAGUUUUUGGCUCAAUGUAAAACAACAGUUCUCCCCCUCUCUGCCCCAUAUCCUGCUCUUCAUUUGUCGCUGUAAUCAAGUUCAAGACUUAUAAUUUUCUGGAAAUAGUUGAACUCACAUUAAAUAUUGGUUUUAAAAAAGUAAAAAAUCUAGUUUGGAUUUAUGCAGUCAUGCACAUAUGUUGUUUAUCUGAGAGCAGACUAGUUUACCUUUAUAAGUUAGAUGUAAUUGAUAUAGGAACUUUUCAAAAUUAUGGGAAUUAAAGCCAAGCCAUAACAGUUUGAUAUUUUUGUUAUUUCUAAAAUUUAAUUUUCUUUAGUUUCCUUCUUGCUGUUUGUUUUCUUGUACAGUCUUGACGAAAAUAGGUUGUCAACAGAAUGUGUUAUUGUAAAAUUUACAUUGAUUGGCCGUUCUGAGAUUAUUAGCAAAUCAUUUCAUUACUUUUUAACUCUGGUUUAUAACUUUUCUCUUGGUGCCAACAUAGCACCAUCAACUGGCAGAAGCAUAAUGUUUCCUCCCCUUCUCCCUUACGGGCAAAUAAUGCUGAAAAGAAAACCAAAUAGUUAAAAAAUUUUACAAUCACACAGAAUGGGAGCUUUAAUAUAAUCGAACAUAUAUAUAUAUGUGUGUGUGUCUAAAAACCAGAUCAUGACAACAAAUACAGUGGUAUAAAUAAGUGUGCCAUCAACUCCUGCUUAUGCUGUCAGUUGUCAAGGUUUACAAUUAUUGCAGAAAUAAUUUCAGUAACAUUCAUUGCAGCAACAGCCACAGAAAAAAAUUAAGAAUUCUCCUUUUAAGUUUUAUCUGAUUAAACACCACAUCAAGAUUAAAUAUUUUCCCCUGGAAAUGCAGGUACUUUCUGGAAUGAUUGUCAUCAUAAAGGUAAACAAGUCUGUGAGCGAGAGUAGUGUUCUCUAGUUUUGUGAAGUCUUGUUUUGGUUUUUUUUUCCAUCAGUUGAGAAUCAGUAAAGAUAUAUACAAGUUUGUGCUGUAUUUCUUUUGAUUAUAAUUUACUUGCUUUAGUUCUAAUAGAUCAUGUUGGAUUAGAGUUAGGUUUAACCCUAACCUUGAUUAUAAUUCAGUGGUACCUUUCUCCUUACCUUAAUCCUAUUUUCAGUUUAAAUUUUAAUUGCUCCUGUUGGGUUACAGUUAAUGACUGUAGGGUAGGAAUGAUUAUAAUUCAGUGGUACCCUCCUCCUUUAAUUGCUUCAGUUUCUAUUAGCUUGUGUUCAGCACCUGCCUCCUCAUGUGGCCCUAUGUAGGGGGGUCUCUCUACAUGAGAUUUUGACCAGCCACCUUAGUUGUAGGUUGCUCAUACUGAGGGUUCUGUCAUCCAUUAUUAUAUUUGUAUCUUAAGGGCCAUUUCAUUUUUCAUCAGUGGUUGUCAGUUUUUAAUUUUUUUGUAGUGGUAGUACAUCUGUUUAUGCUUCAGUAUUUUCUGAUGGUAGUAGUAGUAGCUGUCACAGAUUUUAAGUGAUUCUCAUUCUCUUGUUUAAGGCAGCUUGGGUGUUUUAUUCUGUAUUUAGGGUCAGAUAUUUUAAGAGUUUUUCUUGUGUUUGAUAGAUUACUGGUUCUAUUACAGUUAGCCAUAUAAUAUAUUUUAUAUUAAAUGGGGCUACUUAGUGCAUUUUUUUAAUGUAGUAUGCAAGAUCUGCUUCAUUUCUAACGUGAUAUACAUUUAGCAGUCCAGGGUUAUGUUAUUUGGAGCAUUUCAGCUUCCUCUUGCAGAUGUCAAGAGGUUGUAUAACACAUGAGCUCUUUCAGUUGUUGUUUUUUUUAUAUAAAAGUGGGAAUAUUUUACAGGUUGUAAACUUGGAUCACUUGUAGAAGUGGGGAUAUUUUGUGUUGUAGCACAUGAGGUCUUUUGGUUUCCUCUUGUAGAAGUAAGGAUUUUUAUGUGUUGUAGUACAUGAAGCCCAUCACCGUCACACUCUCAGGGACUGUACGCCUUACAACUGGAUUUUGGCCAGCAACAGAUUUUUCUUUUUAUGGAAGUCCUCCAUGGUGCCUCAUCCUGCAGACUUCUUGCCCUCUACUGUAUUGUACUAGCUGUUGUCAUAUAUGGACACAAGAAACUCUUGUCUCAAUGUCAAUGCCUUGAAUUUUUUUUUAAAGUGAUUAUCCCAGUAUGAAGUGUUUGAAUGGAGCUGGGUGAAUUUUAAACUAACUUCAUUGAAGUAGGAGAGAAAGUGUCAAAAGCUGCACCUGUCUAAUGACUUGCUUCAAAAAGUCAGACAAAAGCAGAAAGUAUUUGAGUGUUUUGGAUUACUUUGUUGUUAAAUCGUAUGUGAUUUCACAAAGAUUGUGUUUGGCACACGAGAUGAUGUACUUGUUUUAUGUAAUCAUAAUAAAUUGCAUGUUGCCCCAUCAUUUAUUUGUUAGUUACUUAUGAAGGGGAUCAACACCACAAUCUACAGAUUUUCUCUGAUUGCUCAUUUGGUUUGGCUCCCACAUACUACCUCUGCUGUUGAUGCCUGCUGUGUCCAGUAUUAAAUCAUCACCAAUUGCCUAGUAGUUUGACUAAAUGGGUCUUGGCUGGCCCAGGGUUCUUGCAAACUUUUGAAUGUCUUAAAAGUUUUGGUAGAAAAACAGGAAACCAUUUUCCAGACCUAGAAAAGUUUGGUAAUUUUGGGAGGGCAGCGCUGUGCUUAUGAGGUUUCCACAAAUGAAAAAUAAAAUCUAUCAUAAUAUUUUCAAUCAAAAUGAACAGAGUCAUAUUGUCAAUGCUGUCUAAAUACUGACUUCUCCGAUACAUCAACAUUUUGCUGUUGGCACAAAAAUUAAAGUGCAUUGUGUUUAAACACACCAUCCCUUCCCCUAUAACUCUACAACAAUGACAACGAUAUUUCACACAAACAUUUAGGGAAUAUAUCUUGAACUUAAAUAUUUAUUUAUUGUUCUGCAUGAACUUUUGUUUGUGUAUUAAAUCUGAAUGAAAGUGAACAGAUGAUUGGCAAUCUACAAGUUUGUGAAAGUAGGUAGGAAAGCAUGAAUUUGUUACAAUAUUUUCAUGCAAAUGGACUAAAGAAAGUUCUUCAAACACGGUUAAACCUGUGAUGCAUGGACGCUCUGAGCAGCAAACAUCUACCAUCUCAGGGCACUGAUAGAUCUGCAGAGCUUUGCUUCGGACUAGCAAAUAUCCACUAAUAUGAAUAUGAACAGAUAUUUGGGGCAAAAUUUGUGAGACUCUUCAUAGCCACAUCUCAAUUGCAUCAAUAUAUCAAUACUGAAUGAGUUAAUAAUAUAAAUUUUCCAACAUUGAAAUGCAAUUCAUUGUUGCCAGUUGAUGAGGCUACUUGUUUUGACCACCUGCUCCUGUGAAGUUGUCAUGAGUACACAAGCAAUUUGUGUUUUAAAAUAUAGUUGAAAACAUGGUCAUUUCAUUAAAGUUUUUAAAUUCAUUUGCAGCAACACUGUCGUUCAUUCUUUUCGCUGGCACUGCUAACCUACACUUGCCAUUCUGUAUUAGUACUUAGGAUUGGAUAGAUGCUACAGCUGGCCACAAAGGGCUUUUUGGAGCAGCAGUGAGCUAGUACAUUAUGGUACAAUCACUCCAUUCCACUAUGUUUAUCAGCCAGCAUGUCCUCAGCCCAAAAGUUGAAACACUUGUCACCAGAAGGUUCUGGGUUCAGAUCUCUGGGAUUUUUUUUUUUUUAAAGUUUGCAGCUGCAUUGGUGUGUUUUUUUUCUGCUGAUUUUUUGUUCACCUGCUUUGAGCUCACUACCAAGCAGAGAAAUGUACAAUUGAAGUGGUGUAUCAUCAUGCUUGAGAUAGGAAAAUUCUUAGCACUUAAUUCUGAUUGCCUAAAAUCUUUCUUCUGUGACAGCCAGCAGAGUCUAGAUCGUGCAUCAGUAGAGCAGGAUAGGAACUAUAGGGACAGUUGGUGGUAAACCUGAUGGUGUUGCUGUUCAUUCUGGCCAUUGUUGUGGUCUGCUAAGUGUGUAGAAAAUGUUGGGUUGUGAACGAAAAUCAGGUUUGCCUUUUCUUCUUGGUCUCAGCUACAUCUUACCAGGACCUAUUUGUGAAAGUUCAUCUUUUUAUGCAUGACAGCAUUCUAAUAAUACAUCUGGAUUUUUGCACACAUCUUAUUCUAAUUAACCUUUGCAUGUAUCCUAGCCUGAUUUACCCUCUCAGCUGCUGCUUGCCUCCAGUCCUCCGUAACCAGCCAAGUCAAAUCAGCCUGAUAGUAUUUGUGAGUGGAUAGAAGCAUAACUGUUGGAAAUUUGAACUAUGAGGUUUAUGUGCUUAUAUAUAAAUAUACUGGGUAUCCAAGAGGGUUGGGAAAGGUAAAAAGAGAGAGGGAAAGAUGGCGCCAAGAAAAGUGCAGUCGAAAAUACCUGGCGUUCCAAGGAUUGGGUGGUAGGGGCUGCAUUUACCUUCUGCUACAAUGUAUGAUCCCGUAGUAAAUGAUUAUGUUGGAGCUUAACCAUGUAUGGGCAAGUUUGUAUGCUGGCCCUUUAUCCUAUUUUGGAUACAUGGAUAUAACUGACAGGCCUUUUUUGGAGGGGGGAGAGAGGGAGAGGAGUGGAAGUGGGGGCAUCAGAAGGCUGGAUGUUUUUAUAAACCAUGGCAAAGCAACUUGGGUUAAUAUCAGCUCCACUUUUGAUAUGAAUAUCCCCAUGCUACAUUAGGCGUGAUUUACACUUCAUUUUUAAAUAAAUGUUUUUUUAAAAUGCAAAUUAUGAGUGUCAAUUUGUAAUUUGUAUCUAAGACAACAUUGCAAGAGGCAAUGACAAAACGUCAGCAUUCUUGAGGUCUCCCAUUGACAGCUGUUACCUAAAAGUUGUAGAACCAACUUGUCCUUACUUGAGAUGUCCCAGAAUAUGUAAUGACCUAAAAUGUGGACAUGGAAUAAACUUUUUUGUGUUUUUAAUUUUCUUAAAUGUCUGCACUAACAUUUUCCCCUACUGUGUAUCCCCCACACAGUUUCCUGUCGUUGCCAUGGAUGUGUGUAUUUGGCAGAACUCUUGUCAUCAAGUUGAACAUAUGCAGUUCACAGAAAAUAUGAGCAUAAUUACAUGAUGGCAAAACAUUUUCUAAUAUAUUGAAUAAUUGACACGCUGUUGUGGGUGUAUAGACAUUUCAUAUUUAUUAACUUUUUUGAGUUAAUUAAGCAAUGAGAUCAUGUUUUAAAUCUUAAACCAGAUAAGUCUGUAUCCAUAGCUGUUUUCAGUUCUAACCUUUGAUGAUGAAUGAUAAAUUCUGCUCUUGAUAUCUGUGUUAAUGUCUGAUGACUAAUGUUGUCUAAUAUGCAAUGCAUUCUCAGGUCUUGUUACUGUCCAUAACAAUAUCAUUUCGUUAAAAUGGAGAAUGAAUUUGGCCCAGAUGCGUGUGUAAAUACUAAAGUUUCACCUGUCCUGGUGCAGUGCCUUGUGGGCUUGAUGGCUUUAUUAUUAUUGUAUUAUGUGCAUCCAACCUGUGCAAUAGUCUGUCAUGUCCUGCACUCUCACUAUAGCACACUGUACCAAGUAACUGAAAUGCACUGGUAAAUGGAGUCUUUCCCAGAAGUGAAGAUUGCUUACUGAGUAUUAUCAAUGAAUGAGGCAAACAAAUUAUUAUCAACGAUACUAUGUAGUUUUUUUAACUUUUGUAGGAUCUUGAAAUUGAGGAAGCUAUACUCGAAAACGUUACUUUUUUGCAUACGUAGUUGAUGUACAUGAAUAAAUUACGUGCCUGACACUUGUUUGUAGGAAUUUUUAUAUAAUGUGUGUAACCUAUUCUCUCAAAUUGAUCUGUAAUUAAAUGAAGAAAAUGGUGCAAGAAGCAGAACCAGGGAAUUAGAGUGAUUAAAUAUUUUUGACUAUUUGAUGUUAUCGACAUCUAUACGUCAGACAGUAACUUUGUAAUGAAUUGUCAGCUAACAAAGCAAAAUAAACAUUAUAUUUUUGAG